AGACUGCAGCCGCUGGGAAGGAGGGAGCCGCUCGGGGGAGCAGCUGCAGGCCGGGGGCUGCGGCCGCCACCCCACCGUCACCCUGGCGCUGCGUUGCAUGGACGGCGUGUUCCUCUCCCCCACGGAGAAUGACUUUGUCAACAAGAUCCUGGAGGAACUGGACCACUUUCUGCUUCAGAACCAGCUGGAGAAAGUCCUCUUGUUUCCUCCCUUGUCCAGUCGCCUCAGGUACCUGAUCCAUAGGACUGUGGAUGAUGUUGACUUCCUGAGUAGCUUCUCUGUUGGGGAAGGAUGGAGAAGGAGGACCGUGAUCUGUCACUCGGCAAUAAGGCUGCCAGAUGACCCAGAUGAUCCAGAUGGCUCCUGUGGCAGUGCCUUAAACUCAGGCCACCCUCCGAGAGGCAGAGGAUGUAGAUCUGGAGGAGGAUCACGUCGCAUGGAAGCACAGGCCAAUGGCACUCAAACUCGCCGAGGAAAUGGCAGGGGCAGAAGGCAGCCUCGGAGGAAGCCAGAUAGAGCUUUGUAUGUCCCCAGGGCAAUGCGCAAGAAACCCGAGGGCUUGACAAAGGACAACUCUGAACCAUUUGGAGCAGAGUCACAUGGCUUCGGGUUGAAGGAGAACAGAAUGUCAAGCACCGUCUGCAACUGUGAAGAAGUUACAGAUACUGGCACAUUUCCUGGCAUUGUUGGUCCUGCUGUGGAAUAUCCAGAAGCUCAAAACCCCAGUGAGAUGUAUACUAAAAAUCUGGAGUCUGGUAGUAAAAGUAGUGAAGAUCCUAUGGGGUAUCUGGGUUCUCCUUCAUUGGAAGAUCUGUCAGAACAGGAAGACCAAAAUAAAAUGAAGCAGAUCACCCGGGUACAAGAGAGCAGUCCAAACCUGGUCCUUUCAGAAAACCAGAGUACAGAUGGUGCAGAUACUGUGAUAUUAGAGUGUUUUGAAACAUCAACCUUACUGGAAGAACCAAAGGCCAGGAAUUUUGAUGCAGCACUUCUCAAAGAAAGUGGACCACUGCCUUCAGUAGAAGACCAGAACAAAAGCACUUCAGAUGGUAUUGCACUGGAACUGAGCAAAAAUCUGACAUCCCUAGAAAACCAUGGAAAAGACUGUCAGGAUACCACUCUGUUGGAAAGCAGCAUGUCCCCAUCCCUACUUGAAGACCACAAGGGUCAGAUUACAGGUGAUGUCUUGUUGAAGCACACCAAUGAUCCCUUACUUCUGAGAAAUAAGAAUGAUUGUACAUGUGCUGGUGAAAUGGAGUAUAGCAAAAUACAACCCUUGCUGAAAGACAGCACUGUGGAUGCUGGUGCAUCUCAACAUGACCCAGAAAUGUCAACACAGGAGAGCCAGGAUAGGAACUGCAUUGAUCUGUCCCUAUUGGAAUGUAGCCAAACUGAGCCAUGUGAAGUCACCCAAGAUCCAAGUACCACUUGUGCCUCUAUUUUGGGACAGGCAUCGGUGAUGUCCCCUGUUCUGGAACACAAUACAAAGGCAUCUGUCUUGGACCCUGAAGCCCCACCCUUUAUAAAUACCUCUGUAUCCUAUAAUGGCAAAAAGAGCCCAUUACUUGAAGACCAGGAGAGACAUGAUGUAGAUUUGGAGGGUAACAAGCUGCCUGGGCUGGAACUGUCUGCGGGAGAUGGAAGUGUGGGAACCUCUGCAGUGGAUGAAAAGAACAACAUCUUUGAAGAUGACUGUGGCGCUGAACUCCUUCAAGAGAUCAGAAAUUAUCUGACCAUAAAGGACAUAAGCAUUGAGAAAAUUCGGUUGGAUUGCACCAGCUAUGGGGAAGCACAGAUCAAUGAGGGAGACUUUGGACAUGUGCUAGAGAUUUAUGAUUUUUCACCUUUGCUGAAGACUGAACACCUUUUGGAGGCCUUUGCAGAGUUCCAAGAGAGUGGCUUUAAAGUGCAGUGGGUUGAUGACACUCAUGCUCUUGGCAUUUUUUCUGGUUUCAUGGCAGCAUCUCAAGCAAUGGAACAGAGUUACCCCUCCUUAAAGAUCCGCCCUCUAAUCUAUGCUACAAGACAGUCAAAAAUCAAGGCACUUCAGCGGUCAAAGCUCCUCCAGCUUGCCAAAGAAAGGCCUCAGACUGACACAGCUGUGGCUAGAAGGCUGGUGACCAGGGCACUGGGAUUACUCCACAAGACCCAGCGGUGCUCAGGCCCAGAACUGCCAGAAUCAGAAAACGUCAGCCUGCCAGAGUGAAAUAGAUCAUCCCGAGUGGCUUGGGGUGAUGAUUUGGGGUGUGCUAUUAAAACUGUGUAGUCUGACGGUAGGCUUCGUCUGUGAUGUUAUUUUGUGUGUGGGGAGGGUUGUUUUUUGCAAUAGGGAAAUGGUUGGUUGUGUUAGAAAUGGGAAAGGAACUGACAUGACAAGCAGUUAAUGGUGGGAAUGCUUUGAGGGAAGGAAGCAGGCCAACUUGUAAAGGGACCACAGGAGGGCCGUGAAAAGUCUGUCUUGUUUGGCAUUAACAUUGCCCAAGCAGCUUGUGUGUUAGUUGUUUUUUUUUUAACUUGGCUAAUCACCUGUGCUUUUAAAAGUUAGCAAGUUCUGGAACAGGUGUUUUUCAUUCUUUCAUAGACAUUCUUUGUUCCAUUGUGCAGUAAAGGGAGGGACGACAUUUCCUGCAUGACCUCCUGUCUUCAAAACCUGCCUGCUGCUGUUGUUCUUGCAGAGUGUGUGCAAUUGAAAUAAAGCGUUCCAAGUCUGUUUUGGGUUGGAAACGCAAGUCUGGUCCCCUUACUGGGUGAAGAGCAGGGAGGAGAAAAACAGCACGCCAGAGGAAAAUGGAGUGCUCUCUGCACACACACACCCCUUGCCAUUUUCACUGGUGCACAUUGGCUUGAUCACAGUAUGCAGGGAGAAGCUGCUUUAGCCUUCCCAUCCCUGUGUUGUUUUUUGCAACAGCAGUCCAUCCUAUGGAGCUGCCAUUGUGAAACUUAAAUGUAGCCAUAUAAAUAAUGUGUUGUUUAUCUCAGAGCCAAGAGUGGCUCCAUGGGGGGGCGGCGGCUUGCAGAUGUGAAAGCAGUGGGUGGGGGGCAUUAAAGCCGGUCUCCCUGUAGGCUGUGGUCACAAACAGAAAAGAAUCUGUGUGGUUCUGAGAGGCACAAAGCACCCAUUGCAUGUGUGAUACAAAGUCCUCAUGUUCCUAACAGUUAUGAAGACUUUGCACUGAUAUGUUGAUGGAGCCUACAGUGAAAUUAGAAACCAGUGACAGAAAGACACACAUAACACAAUGACACAUUUGCAGGACUUGAUAUCUUUACUGAAGUUUGUAGAGGUUUUUUUGUUUCAUUUUAAAAUAAAAGUUGCUAUCACAAA